CUCACCUGCAUCACUUGUGUCUGGAGGGCAGCGGGGUUAUCGUAACAGAAGUAACUUCCUGGAGGGGGAAAGCGAUGAUGGAUCAGUUAAGGAUGAGACGUCGGGCACCGUGUGCUCUCUGGGUCUUUGUGCUGCUGCUUCUUCUUAGUGAUGUUGGACUGGGUGGCCCUCUAUCGCCAGGGACAGAGGUGCCGCUGGUGGACUCGGAGCCUUUUCAGUCCAACGCCAUAGUGGAGCUGGAGGUACCCCCUAAGUUUGAAGGUGCGAUGCCAAGGGGAGAGCUGGUACCCCACCACUACCCUGCCCAGCGGGCCGCCAAGGUGGUACAGCACUACCUCAACACGCGCUAUGGGUCGCCCUACAGACGGAUAAUGCUGGACCAAGUCCACAAGGCUGGACUGGAGGACCUAGGGCAGAUUGGGAAAAAGUACCACCUGGAACUGUCACUGAAGGAAUUCGUCAGCGAUACUGAUCUGGGCCAGUGCUCCGCAGAGGUGCUCUUCUCCGGGCCACAGGAGGGGAAGGCUCCCCAGGUGCAGUGCUCCUGCGAGGGCCUGAAGAAGCUGGACACCAGGGCGGAGGAGGAGGCCCUCUUCCAGCGGCUCAACACCUCCGGCAGCCUCCUCUCUGGCAGCAACAUACCAGACAGCUACGGUCACAUGACCCCGGAGAUGACGCCGAUGUGGCACCUAGGUGGGGUGGCCUCCAGCUUUAUCAUGCUCAGGGAGUCCAGCGAGGACACGCUCUACAACAUGGCACAGAUCGCCAACGUCACACAGCUGGAGACAGAAAAUAAUCAGCUGAGAUUCAACUUUUACGUCCUGCUCCAUGACAUGAUCUCACAGGAGAUUCUGCACUGGAAGCUGCUGGCAACGUGGUCUCCAGCAGGGGGCGUGAGCGUCUCGCAAACGGUGCAGCACCCCAAAUGCCAACACGGCCAAUGCAAGAUGCCACUCGCGGAGGACAUACACGAGGACAAGCCUGAGGGCACCCCCUCGCCAACCUCUACAAGCUGAGCUGCUUGAAGGUCCUACACAAGCAUGCCAACUUGGUCCAGCACAAUGGUCAAGGACCGUUGAAAAUGAGAAGCACUGAAGAUGAGGGCUGUAUGGUCAUCAUUUGUUCUGUUGGCAGAUGAAACUGUGCCAAAUAUUUUCUGACUGCAGGUUCUUUGUCAAGAAAAUACUCCAAGAAGGAAUGUUUUGUAAUGUUAAUACACACUAUGCUGUUAUGUGUCUUACUUGCACAACUUCUGGUGAUAUUACUGUUUUUGAUAGCCUACUCUUUUUUUCUUGCAAUGUUAUUGUACCCACUCACUGAAUGUAAAACGUGCAAGUAAAAAUAAAGCACAGACACAAAUAUAUUAUGGAAAUAAAGGAAAAAUGG